AUGUCUUCGAACAACAACAACAACAACAACAACUCCUCUUCAGGCUCUGGGUCCGGCUCCGGCUCCAAUAGCAAUGGCGGCUACACCACUACCUCAAGCGGCACCAAUAGCCAAGGCAACCAUUACUGUUCGCGCGACUACGGCUCCAGCGCCAGCAACAGUAAUUCCUACCACUACUCCAACAACAACGGCUCUUACUACUACAGCAACCCGAACGGCAGCACCUACUACAACAACGGCGGUGGAUACUCCAAGUACACGCCCUCUUCCGGCGGCAAGUAG